AUGGAGCUGGACUGUGACCGAGCGGUGCGCAGCCUCAACGGGAUGUUCUCGCAUGCGCCUCAGCCGGCUCUUGUCCAGGGCGCGCCAGCCUGUGCUUUCGUCUCGCGCGCGCAGCGCGAGGCCAUCGACUUCGUCGAGGAGUCGGCGCGGGCCCUGGGAGCGCCGCCCCCGGGGCUCACCCCCGCAGAGGCUCUUCGGAAGCUUCGCGUGGCGAGCUGGUACGACGUGGACUCUGCCAAGCUCGGAUCCUACCGCCCCGACGCGAUCUCACUGCCCUCUGGCACGGUUCGGCCGAUUCCGCUGGAGACUCUGUGGGGGAGCGGCGGGAGUGACACCGUGAAGGAUUUUAUAUCACAGAAUUUGCUGUGCUCCGAGAGGGCGAAGCAGCGACUGCAGGGCGUGGGGCUGGAGCGGGCGUACUCUGACCCAGCCUUGCGGCGUCGGGGUGCGUAUGAGGAAUUCAUUCGUAUGUUGCAAGAGCGUGGCCUCGUCGACUUCGCCGAGUCUGGCAUCGAGUCCGUCGAGGCCUUCUUCGUGGAGAAGAAAGACCAGAGGCUGCGCAUGGUGAUAGACUGCCGGAGGGCCAACGCUUGGUUCGCUGAGCCGGCCGGAGUGAGCCUGUGCACGGGCGAUGCCCUUUCGAGGUUGGAGCUGGGCCUCAACGACGAGCUCCACAUCCAGGGUGCCGACCUCAGCGACGCCUUUUACCACAUGGGCUUGCCUGAGGAGCUGAGGGGGUGCUUCUCCUUCCGACCCGUGCGCGCCUCGGCGGUUGGCAUCAAGCUCCUCGGCGGGAAGCCACUCGGCCGGGGCGCUCUUGUCACGCCGCGCCUGGCCGUGCUGCCGAUGGGGUGGAGCUGGGCGCUGUGGUGGUGCCAGCGCGUGCAUGAGCGCACCAGCGUCGAGGCCGGCGCCUGCCCCGAGCAGCGGAUCGUCGACCGCCGGCCGCCGCCGCCGAUGACGCCGGGCGCCCACCUGGAGUACGUCGACAACUUCAUCGCGAUCGGCACCGACUCCGAGUGGGUGGCGGCGCUCGUGCGGCGCGUGUCUGACGCGCUGCGCGCCCGCGGGCUCGAGGUGAAGGCCGAGGACCAUGCUGGCGAGCUGCCUGGUGAGUCGGAGGCGCUGGGGUGGUGCAUUGACCGAGGACGGUGCAUCGUGCGGCCCACGCGGGCCCGGCUGUGGCGUGCGCGCCUGGCCGUUCGAGGUGUCCUCGGCCGUGGCCGUCUUCGGGGACGCGACCUCGAGAAGCUCCUCGGGCAUCUGGUAUUUAUAUCUCUUAUCAAGCGCGAGGGCAUGUCUUUGUUCUGGAGCUGCUACGCCUUUGUCCGCAAGUGCUAUGACAAGGAGACCGGACUUUGGCCUGCUGUCCGGCGUGAGCUGGAGUACUGGGACGGCAUCGCUCCCCUCUUGUGGCGCAGCCUCCGUUCGCCUUGGACUGACGAGCUCAUCGUGGUCGACGCGAGCGAGUGGGGCAUCGGGGCUUGCGCUGCCCCUGCCCCCGCUUCGCUGGUGCAGAGGCUGGGCCACGUCUCCGAGCGCUGGAGGUGGCACCAUGGGCUGGCGGGCUCCGCGCCACGCCGGCACUCGGGGGCCGCGGCGGCCGCCGCCGCGCUGGCGGGCGACCCCGCCGACGCUGCGCCGUGGAUGCUGGGAGCGGAGGCGGUCGCGGCCGCGGGCUUUCCUCCGCGGCAUGCCGGCGGCGACGGGCUGGGGGGGGAGGAUUCCGCCCUCCAUAGUCACAACCCCCAGACCCAGGCCGCCGGCGCAGCCGAGGGGGCCGCCGGGAGCGCGUUCGACGAGGUGCCGCCGGACGUGAUCAAGCUGCCCUGGCGCACCGUGGGGCGCCACCGCUGGCGCUGGCCGGAGGAGAGCAUGCCGGUCGCCGAGGCGAGGGCCGUGCUGCACGGGCUCCAGCAUCUCGUGAGAGCCUCGCGGCACCGUGGCCGGCGCGUCGUGGUGCUGGGCGACUCUUUGAGCGCGGCCGGGGCCGUGGAUCGUUUCAGGAGCAGUUCUUGCAAAAUGCUCCGAGUCACUCAGGCCAUCGCCGCCGUCACCCUUGUCACUGCCACCACCCUCCACUACCGCUGGCUGCCCUCAGAGUGGAAUGCAGCCGACAACCCCUCGAGGGGGCGUUUCUCCCCCUCGACCCCCCAGCCGCUGCUGCCUCGGGCCAAGUCUGGCGCGGCGGGGCCAGGCGCCGCUGGGCCGCCCGGGGAGCCUGCCGAUGUUGGCGCGGGCGCGGCCGCCCGCGGCGCCGCCGCGCGCCCAGACGGCCUCGGCGACGCUGACCCGGUCUACGUUCAGGCCUCCGAGGACGUCGAGCUGCCGGGCCUGAGCGUGCUGGAGACGGGAUCGAUCACGGCGGCGACGCGGGCGCAGUACGUGGAGGCUUUCGACGGCUUCCAGGCUUGGAUGGCAGAGCGGGGCGUGCAGCCCACGACGCUGGACGACUACGACGAGCAGCUGGUCCUCCGCCUGGACGAGCUCUACCUGGACGGCGAGGGGAUCGGGGCCGGGCAGAAGCUCUUCGCGUCGGUGCUCUUCUUCCUGGGGCUGACGAAGGCGGCGGGCUCGCCGAUGGCGCGAGCGCGGCGGGCGCUGCGCGGGUUCCGUCGGCUGGCGCCGCCCACCUCGCGGCUCCCGCUCCCCUUCGAGCUGCUGGCCGCGCUGGUAAGCUACCUCGUGAGCGUCUCGAAGCUCGAGGCGGCGCUCGUGCUGUGGCUGAGCUUCGAGCUGUACUUGCGCCCAAGCGAGCCGUACCACAUCCGGGCCACCGACUUGGUUCGCCCGGCUCGCGGCCGCCUGGGACACGACAGCUGGAGCGUGACUCUGCACGCCGCCGAGACGGAGGUGCUCUCGAAGACCGCCGAGUACGACGAGGCGCUGAAGCUGGACCUGCCGCGGCAGGAGCUGCUGGGCCCGGCGCUGGAGGCCUCCGUGACCGCGCGGCUCGGCCCCGACUGGCGGAGGCCUCGCCCCACGGCGGCGCGCGGCGCCGGCGCGGGCGGCCGCGCGAGCGGCGCGGCCCCGGAGCCUCUGCUGUUCGCGAUCACGCAGCGCGAGGUCUCGAGCGCCCUCUCGGCCGCCGCCAAGGCCCUCGGGAUCGAGAAGUUCCUGCCCGGCCUGCACCCUUACAUGCUCAGGCACGGGGGCGCGUCUCACGACUACGGCAGCAAGGCCAGGUCCCUCGUCGACGUCCAGCGCAGAGGCCGGUGGCAGUCGUGGCAUUCGGUCCGCCGAUACGAGAAAGGCGCUCGCCUGUCGCAGGUGCUGCAGAUGGUGCCCGCUGCGAUGCAGGACCACGCAGCGCGGUGCGCCGACUCGCUCGGCGAGAUCGUGUCUGGCCGCGGCUCCGGGCGCCUGGGACGGGCGGUCGCCGCUGAAGGGCUGCCCGUCCUGCUUUGGGACAUCUGCCUGGGCCCCGAGUAUGACCUGCUGAGCCCGCAGAAGCGUGGGCUGAUCCGGUCCUGGGUUCGAAGCGGGCUCGUAAUUGGCAUCCACAUCGGGACGCCCUGCAACACAUGGAGCCGUGCGCGGGACAUCCCGCCCGGACCGAUGCCGCUGCGUAGUGACGCUUUCCCUCUUGGCCUUCCCGACUUGAGCGUGAAAGAUCAGGCCAAGGUUGAUGCAGGCAACGUUUUCAUGAUUUUCAGCGCUGGCCUCAUGCACGAGGCCAUCAGGGCCAACAUCCCAGCUAGUAAUGAGAAUCCCCAGACGAGCCGACUUUGGCUCGCCCCUCCUUUCGUCCGCCUGCUGCGCUCGUCGGCCGUCACUUUCACUAUCACGCACUUCUGUCAGUGGGGAGCGCCGUGGCGAAAAGCCACGGCUUUCGCCACAGUCAACCUCGAUAUGAGUCGCAUCGGUCGUGCGUUGUGCAAGUCGUCCAAGAGAGGAAUUUGUUCCCGCACUGGCUUGCCGCACGCCCAGCUGCAUGGAAAGAACGUGGAGCGCGUCUUUAAAACCAAGCUGGCCGAGGCUUACCCUCAGCGUUUGUGCAACGCCCUCGCCCAAGCCUAUAGUAAUGCCGUAAUAUCUCACAG